AGGAGCAUCGGGAUAAGCUUUACUACAAUGGGGACUCAGAGGAACGGUUUCAACAAGGAAAGUUUCGUUUUGGCGGUGGACGUCGGGACGACUUCAGUCAGAUGUCACGUCUACGACAAGGAGGCACAAAUCCGAGGGUCAUGCACCGACGAGGUUGUCCCCUUGUAUCCAGAGGUGGGACAUGUGGAGAUGGACCCAGAGGAAAUAUGGAGAGGGUUUAUCACUGUGGUCAAGGGAGCUGUGCAAGAUGCAGGCGUGCAGAUGCGUCAGAUAGAGGCUCUUGGCAUCUCCACUCAACGAGCCACCUUCACUACAUGGGACAGGAAAACUGGGGUUCCUUUCCAUAACUUCAUCAGCUGGCAGGAUCAGAGGGCCGCAGAACUCGUGAAGUCCUGGAACAGAUCCUGCACCAUGAAAUCAAUCCAUGGUGUGAUGAAGCUGGUCUACUUCCUGACCAGACAGAAGCGGUCGCUUGCAGCGAGUCUUAUCGUCUUCUCCACUCAGCAUGUCACCUUUCGCCUCGCCUGGGCUCUAAGACAUUACACGCAGGUUCGUCAAGCUGUAACUGAGGGAAACUGCUGCUUUGGAACAAUAGACACCUGGCUCUUGUUCAAACUCACAAAAGGACAGGUCCACGCUACAGACUACUCAAAUGCCAGUGCAACGGGAAUUUUUGACUCCUAUCAGAUGUGCUGGAGUGGGUUUCUCUGCUCGCUGGUCUCUCUGCCUCUCUCCAUUUUCCCCAAAGUAGAAAACACAGGCCAUGACUUUGGUUCCACCGACCCAUCCAUCUUUGGGGUGCCCAUUCCCAUCAUGUCAGUGAUGGCGGACCAGCAGGCAGCCAUGUUUGGAGAGUGCUGCUUUGACGUUGGCGAUGUCAAGAUCACCAUGGGAACAGGCACCUUCAUGAACAUCAACACCGGGUGCAAACCACACACGUCGGUAGCAGGUUUGUAUCCUGUGGUGGGCUGGAAGAUCGGCUCAGAGGUGGUUUAUCUGGCCGAGGGCAACGCUGCAGACACAGGCACUGCCAUCAAAUGGGCUCAGGAGCUGGAACUGUUUUCCGACGUCAAAGAGACCAGUGCCAUGGCAUAUAGUGUCAGCAACUCAGACGGCGUGUGUUUCGUUCCCUCCUUCAGUGGUCUGCAGGCUCCUCUGAAUGAUCCCAAAGCUUGCGCCUCCCUCAUGGGCCUCAAACCAUCCACCACUAAGAGUCACCUGGUCCGUGCCAUUCUGGAGUCUGUCGCCUUCAGGAACAAUCAGCUUUAUGAGACAAUGCUGAGAGAAACGCGUAUUCCCAUCACGAAGAUCAGGGUGGAUGGCGGUGUUUCCUCCAAUGACUUCGUCAUGCAGCUGACUGCAGAUCUGUUUGGUAGAAAAGUGGCCAGACCCCAACACCAUGAAAUGUCGUGUUUAGGGGCUGCUUUUGUCGCUGGGCUUGGAAUCGGCUACUGGAGGACCAGAGAAGAGCUAAAGAAGCUGCACAGCACUGACGAGGUGUUCCUGCCCCGAGGAGCACUCAAAGAAGGAACAUGUAGCAGAAGUGGGGAAUACGUCCCUGUCCUCCAGAGCUGGGAGAGAGCUCUCCGACGCUCCAUGAAUUGGUACAAGCCUUGACACUGGGUGCACUCACAGGAAGACGGAGAGUUUUGAGUACAUGUGAAAGCAGACGGUUCUGUUUCAAACAAAAUAAGCGUUUUUAGAUGUAGCCACCAUGAGCUACGUCUGUUGGUUGGUUAUAGGUAACGAACGGCACAAAGCUCCGUCAGUGCACCAACUACCACCUGCACAGCCUUGAAUUGUUACCCACACACAGAAGCUACUCACUCCUUUUACUUAAUUUCCUCACAGCAGUCUUAUAAGUUUGAUCCUCUAUUCAUUCCAGCCAACGGUGCCUCAUCCUAUGACAGUGUUGUAUCCAGCUGGCAUAGUAUUUGUACAUUUUCCCACAUGGGGGCGCUAAUGACUGCCUUUACAGCUUUAUAAUUUAUGAUCUCGCCAUAGCAACCACAUGCCACAUGCUAAAAAGGAGCUAGCACUGAUUCUUCUGUUCAUGACACCUCCAUAUUUAAAGAACUCUAAAGAAGGCAGAAUUCUAGUUGUUUUUAAAUAUUGUCAGACAUUCAACUUACAUGGUUUGGCAUUUGCCUUCUCCUUUUUAAUGUAGUUAACUGUUUCUUCUUGGCAAGCAUUUUAACCUGUCAGCUCCACCUGAGAAAACAUUUGGUCACACAUGUCUGGAGCAGCUUCAUUCACCUAUACACUUUAAACAGCGCUUAGACAUGUCUUUAAAAUGAAUACAGUUAUCGAGUUUAUGAUUACGUUGUUUAAACUGGAAAACAAAAACUGAUGCUAUAUGUUUUGCUAUGCACAAGGGAAUCCUACUGGACUUAUGUAUUUAAGAAAUAUUGAUCUGCCUCCUCGCUGUAAGUAACACACAUCUCCAUAUUUUGUUGAUGUCGACUGUGAGAGGGAUUUUUAUGGGUACAUGUGGCAGAUUAUAACAGCUGUUGUACAUUUUAUGACCGCUCACGUACAUCUCAAACACAGAUGACAACCUCCAUGCUCUGUAGUUCAUGAACAAGUUGAUCAGGGAUAUAAAUAUGAAUUGAACUGACCAUAAACAGAAAUGGGAAACAGAAAUAUGUUUUGAUUGUCAGUCCAUGUUGUUAUUUCAGUUAUUAAGUCAUGUUCAUUGUUGACAGCUACAAUGUCAGAUGAUAAUGUUUUGACUCAAGUCAUUUAUUGACCUGAUGAACUCUGAUGACAGUUUUACAAGUAUUUAACAUUGUGAUUUCAAAAAAAUGCUCACAAAUUACCAUGAAAAUGUAAACUGUGAAUCUUUGUGCUAUGUGGGGGUUGUUAAAUAUUUUUGGUCUUCCCUAAUUCUGUAAUAUUUUUCUACAUAUACUAACAGAUUAAGUAUGCAAAGUGACACUGUGUGUAAUGCAAGAAUUAACACCUCAGCUCGAAAUGACAUUUCAUUUCUAACACUUCAUUCAGUUCUUGAAUGGCAAACGUCCUCCCAGGCUGCUGGGAAGUAACAAAUAAUACAUUUGUGUGAUCGUUCAUUUUGUUACUAAAUUGCAUUAAAACUACAGAGUAUUUUGUUAGAUGUUAAAGACAUUAAAGACUUUAAUGAAGA